GUAAUGCAUGGUUGCUGCUUGCUACUACGUCCCAGUCUACUAGCUAGAAGGCAGUUGCUCUCCGGUCCAAACGGGGCUAGCCGGGGACGUGGAGUGCGGCACAAGACCACGUCUCGUGCCCUCAAAGGUUGCUCUGUUCGCCACUCUCGGGCCGAUGGGUCCAUGGAUUGAUCGCUUAGCAAGCUCGAAUCUUUGAUCUUCCAAGGCACCGCAGCCGAUCCAGUGGCCAAUGUUACGUGACGCCUACCUACUUGUAGUGGCUCUGAUGAUGAAUGCCUAAAUGGCUAUGAUGGAGAAGGGAUGUUCUUUUGCGCCCACAAUAAUCUGUCUUCCUGCAGUGAUCCAUUUGUGUAUAUAAAAGCGCCCCCCGUAAUCUGUCCAACGGCCUGCUUUGAGCUCUCUUUUAACUUGGAACCGCCUCUUCCCAGAGCAGAAUGGUGCGUCGCAGAACAUGUGGGAUCUGUAUCAUUCUCUGCACCAUCUUCGUAUCGACUAUGCUCGUAUCUGCCGGCGACGAUGGGCUAUUCCGUAUUGCUUUGAAGAAAAGACCGGUACCAAAAGGCCUCUAUGGUGAACUAUGGCCAAAGAGUACAUCAGAGAACGAAGCCACACUUGGAUAUGCUAGCGUCAGGCUGAACCGCGCUGCGGGGAGAAAGGUUGAUCCGGUGAGGGAAGCAGUUAACCAAGUUCGUGUCAACGAGCAAAGGAUGUUCGUGGAGGUUGCGGCCGCGGAACAGCGGCGCAAGAGUUACCGGAGUCGCAGAUGGGCCAGAGAAAACCACAGUUUGCGUGAUGGUCAGCAGGCCGUUAUCGAGCUGAAGAACUAUGCAAAUGUUCAAUAUGUUGGGCAGAUCGGAGUUGGAAACCCACCGCAGAAUUUCACGGUCGUCUUUGACACGGGGAGCUCAAACCUCUGGGUGCCUUCCGCCGAUUGCUACUUUUCGCUUGCUUGCUACUUCCAUGCCAGGUAUGUAUCAGGACGGUCCAGCGCUUACAAAGAAAACGGAACACCUGUUGCCUUGCACUAUGGACCAGCAGGAGCAAUUUUUGGUUUUUACAGUGAAGAUGAGGUUACUGUUGGCGGCCUCGUCGUUAAAAAUCAGGAAUUCGUUGAAGCUACUUAUGAGCAUGGCUUUACAUUUUUAGCGGCAAAAUUUGAUGGCAUCCUUGGACUCGGAUUUAAGGAAAUUUCAGUUGAAGGCUCAGUUCCAGUCUGGUACAAUAUGGUUGCACAAGGUCUUGUGAAAAAUCCUACUUUCUCCUUUUGGCUAAAUCGAAAUUCAAACGAUGGGGAGGGAGGUGAAAUCGUUUUCGGAGGUGAUGACCCAAAACAUUACAAAGGCAGUCAUACAUACACCCGAGUUACCAGGAAAGCAUUUUGGCAGUUUGAAAUGGGGGACUUUCUUAUUGGUGGGAGGAGCACUGGAAUUUGUGUGGAUGGUUGUGCGGCAAUAGCACACUCGGGAAUUUCGUUGGUUGCUGGUCCAAUAUGUGCCAUUGCCCAGAUCCAUGAACAGAUUGGAGCUACAGGAGUGGCUAACGAAGAGUGCAAACAAGUCGUCACUGGAUAUGGGGAAGAAAUGAUGGAAUUGCUGAAAACUAAGACACCACCAGCACAAGUAUGUUCGAGGAUUGGACUCUGUGCAUCUGAUAGAACUCGUGGAGCUAGUGCUGGUAUCGAGAGUGUAGCGGGAGAGGCAGGAACAUCAUCUGUAGAUGGCAUGUCUGACGCUUUAUGUAACGCAUGCGAGAUGGCAGUUACCUGGAUGCAGAGCGAGUUCGUUCAGAACCGCACCAAGGAGGGCACGCUCGAGUAUGUCAAUCGGCUCUGCCACCGUAUGCCAAGUCCAGUGGGAUCAUAUGUGGACUGUAGACGCAUCGAUUCCUUGCCAAGUAUCUCAUUCAGCAUAGGUGGACGCAUAUUCGAGCUCCAGCCACAGCAGUAUAUUCUCAAGGUUGGCGAAGGAUUUCUGACUCGGUGUAUCAGCGGAUUCACGCCCUUGGAAAUACCCCCUCCAAUAGGCCCUUUCUGGAUACUAGGCGAGGUCUUCAUGGGAGCGUACCACACCAUCUUUGAUUACGGCAAGAUGAAGGUUGGCUUCGCAGAUUCAGCAUGAGUGCAUGACAUAAGCAUUUCACUGCUAUAAGACUGUCUUCGACUGAGCAAAACAUGGUCGUCCCUAAGUACAUGGGAAGUUGCUUCCAGAUUUAUUUACUGUUACAUAUAGUUAAGCUGAAACGUGUCAGUUUACCGUCUUAGUUCUGGUCAUGUAUAAUAACUGGGUGGUGGAAACACCAAGAUGCACCAAGUUCAUGUUUAGUUUUCUUGGGCUGGCACCAAGAAUGGCAACAUGUUUUGUUGUCAAAUACCAAAAGCUCUUCAUACCC